UUCUGGAGUAGCACAGGAUCCGGAUGUUGCGGAAAAUUGGGUAGGAAUGCAGAAUGUAUAUUAAAGCGAGUUGGGGGAACUACAUUCGAUUGGGUUAACAUUGCAACUUUUAAACUGCAAGGUGCGGCACGAGAUUGGUGGGAGUCUGCUGAGCUCACUGAAUCUGAACCAAGAUUCACGGAGUUGUUCUUCCAGGAGUUUGUCAGUGAUGUAUCGAGGGACCGAAAACGUUCCGAGUUUGUGAACAUAGAACAAGGACAGAUGUCUCUUGCUGAAUUCUCAAAUAAGUAUAGGAGUUUAGCUCGCUAUGUUCCGGAGGUAGCAUCAAAUGACGAGGUAAAGGAUAGGCGGUUUAUACGUGCACUAAAGCCUGAAAUCAGUAAACAACUUGCUGGUUUCCAAGUCAAGACCUUUCAGGAGGCACUAAGUCGGGGUUUUAGCAUUGAAAGGGAAGAAGAGAAUCGGAUCACUGAACAAGAAAUAAGGUUGAAACGUGUUCCUAAGCAACUACCGGUAAGGCAAGAUCCAGCAAAGCGAUUAAUGACAUCUAUGCCAGGUCAGACUUUUUUCAGACCAUCUGAGCAACCAUGGAAAAUGGGGUCAGCGUCCCGACCUCCUUCAUCGUCAUAUACACAGCCAAGUGUUACAAGACCUGAUACCCUCAGAACCCAGGGACAGACUUUUCGACCUCAAGGGAGGUUUGUUCGUCUCCAACAAGUACGCCCCACAGGGUCCAUAAAUCUUGGUCAUCCUACAUGCUUCUAUUGUAAAGAAUCCGGAUAUAUGAAGAAAGACUGUCCAGUAUUACAAGGAGGAACCUCCUCCUCACAGCAAGGUAUGGUAUAUUCAGUGACUCAGGAAGGCACACCUACAGAAACGGUAUCACAAGAAGGUGAGAUGAUGUAUGCGGUGUUAUAGGGAGAUGGAUCAGCAACUAAUCAAGUAGUAGAAGGUGAAACAUCUACAGCUGAGAACGAACCAAGGGAAACGGAAGGCGAGGUCUAUGUUUGGCUUGAGUGAGUAUUCUCUUGUGGAGAGAUAGGAGUGCCAAAGUUCUCAUCUUAGUCUGUGCUUAGUGUAUAUAACCUUUGUGGUGUCGAUAACUUCUAUAAUAUGUGAAUAUUACUUGUGUAACUUGUACAGACUUAGGAAAAACCAGACAUGCGAGUCUGUCGAAAAACAGUAGUACUAUGUAUAAUGAAGCUCAUUUUGGUUUAAAGAUCUUAAUUUCAUUUUUAGUCGAGUGCUACUCUUAUCAGAA